AUCUCAGGUAACGCGAAACUAUCGCAAGGUGUUGCUCUUAAAAUCACCCGAAACAAACUUCAAAACAAUCAAAUCACUUUUUUAUAUUUACUUCUGGUCAUUCAUUUCGGCUUUUUCCUGGACCAAACAAGACCUUUGAAAUCUCCAUGGAAUAGCGCAACACCCCCAUUCAAAAGAGAAAAGUGAAACAAACAUGAGGGAGAAGAUGACAGUCUUAUUUUUCAUUACAUGUCUCGGUUUUGUUCAAGAUUUGGUUGUUUGCAGUGACUAUGGCGAGAGUGGACAAGAAAUCACACUGAAGCCCAAUAUUCGGGGGAAACCUCAGGAAAUUCUGUGGAAACACAACGGCAACAUGAUUGUGGAGUAUGAUGAGAGUGAAAUGAUGGAGUACGGAUCAUUUAAAGGUCGUGUAAUUCUUGAUUUUGAAACAGGACAGCUUACAAUAAGAAAUUUAAACAUCCAUGACAGUGGCCAGUUUCAGUCUGAAAUUCUGAUCAAUGGAAAGAUUCAAUCCUUUGGACAAAAUGUGACGGUUUUGGAUCUUCUGUCAGAGCCCAAAGUGACGUGUGAAGAGGACAAGACUUUAAAAACACUGCUGUGUUCAGUGGAAUCUCAGACUCAGACGAGCUAUGAAUGGAACGGGCCGAAUCUCGCUGGCCAUCAGGGUCCAAAACUUCUUGUUGAUCAAGAUGAAGUGGAUGUGGACUCCGUGUACACCUGUACUGUAAAGAAUCAAGCGAAGAGCAAGAGUACAGACUUCACCCUCACAGACUGUCACUCAGGCAGAUCAAGGGCAGUGGUUCUCGCUCCGGUCCUGACAAUAACCAUUUUUGUCAUAGUUUUUCUGCUCAUUUUGCUCGCAUUGUUCAUCAUCAGACAUAAAAAAGAAACGCCAAAGAGAUCUGUCAACAAAAUGGACCCUGAAUACGGUGAACACCUUCUGCCAGCUUACCCAACAGAGGCUAUGGCAGGUUCAUCAGAUGCCACGCUCCCGUGUCACACCAGACUAACAUCUCCAAAAGAAUCCAUCGCUGUCAGAAACUGGGAUCAGAUUUACGAGGAUACAACUGAUAUGAAUAAAGAUACACACGUGAAAGAGAAAAACAGUUUACAGGAGAAACAUGCAAACAGACCCACUCACAUACUGAGUGAGAGAGAGAUCAUUUAUCACAGUGCAGAGUGUCAAAAUAAAAUUAGAGAACUAGACAAAGAUGACAACAACCCACAUUCACCUGAAGCAGAAGAAAUGAUUAACAUCUCACCUGAGGAAACAGAGAAAUCUUCACAAGAUGAGUUCAGGGAUUUGUCUGAGAAAGAGGAGAAAAAUGAAAAAGACGAAGAGUCACCAGAAAAUCAGAAGCAGAAAACUGAAGAUGUGACUCAUAAUGAAGAUGAACAAACAGCAGAAGAGCUUAAAACAGAAGAGAGAAAAGAAGAGCACAGAACAGAAGAAGACCAGAGAACAGAGGAGAGUAAUGAAGAGCUGAAAACAGAAGAGAGAAAAGAAGAGCAGAAAACAGAGGAGAGUAAAGAAGAAGACCAAAGAACAGAGGAGAGUAAUGAAGAGCUGAAAACAGAGGAAGAUCAAAGAACAGAGGAGAGUAAUGAAGACCAGAGAACAGAGGAGAGUAAUGAAGAGCUGAAAACAGAGGAAGAUCAAAGAACAGAGGAGAGUAAUGAAGACCAAAGAACAGAGGAGAGUAAUGAAGAGCUGAAAACAGAGGAAGAUCAAAGAACAGAGGAGAGUAAUGAAGACCAAAGAACAGAGGAGAGUAAUGAAGAGCUGAAAACAGAGGAAGAUCAAAGAACAGAGGAGAGUAAUGAAGACCAAAGAACAGAGGAGAGUAAUGAAGAGCUGAAAACAGAGGAAGAUCAAAGAACAGAGGAGAGUAAUGAAGACCAAAGAACAGAGGAGAGUAAUGAAGAGCUGAAAACAGAGGAAGAUCAAAGAACAGAGGAGAGUAAUGAAGACCAAAGAACAGAGGAGAGUAAUGAAGAGCUGAAAACAGAGGAAGAUCAAAGAACAGAGGAGAGUAAUGAAGACCAAAGAACAGAGGAGAGUAAUGAAGAGCUGAAAACAGAGGAAGAUCAAAGAACAGAGGAGAGUAAUGAAGACCAAAGAACAGAGGAGAGUAAUGAAGAGCUGAAAACAGAGGAAGAUCAAAGAACAGAGGAGAGUAAUGAAGAGCUGAAAACAGAGGAAGAUCAGAAAACAGAGGAGAGUAAUGAAGAGCUGAAAACAGAGGAAGAUCAAAGAACAGAGGAGAGUAAUGAAGACCAAAGAACAGAGGAGAGUAAUGAAGACCAAAGAACAGAGGAGAGUAAUGAAGAAGAUCAAAGAACAGAGGAGAGAACAGAAGAGCAGAAAACAGAAGAGAGAACAGAAGAAGACCAAAGAAACAAACAUUCGGAAGAGAAAGUGAUGAGAACACAGACAAUUUCUGUUAAAGAAUGAGAAAACAGACAGAGAAAGACUGUUGUCUCUCAGAAGAUGUGGAGGAGAAUGAUAGUGUGGAGAUGAAGCAACAAGAUACUGAAGACCGAAAAGAAACACACCACAGAUGAACACAAUCACAACACGUCUCAAUGAGAUGAACACAACUGACAAUAAACAACACUUCUACAGCAUUUAUUGACAAUGGUACAAAAUACAAAUACAGGUCUUCAUUGAUCCGUCUGGUUAACAGAUACAGAUCAAUGUUGAAACUAUAACAUUAACUAAGAUGAAUAUAUGCUGUGUAAGUACGGUUCAUUGUUAAGCCCUGUACAGUAGUCACAAAACCUUUUUGUAUUGCCAUUUUAAUGAUCAAAUAAAACUAAAACCUGACAUAAGAAACAGGUCAUUGAUUAAAUCAUGCAAACAUUUACAGUAGAGAUUUAAUGAUGACAAUGCAAACACAUCUGUUGUGUUAUAUACAAAGGUUGGGAAAUACACCAGGGCCCGUAUUCACAAAACAUUUGAUCUCAACACCAAGAGCUCUCCUAACAGCAGUGAAAGUUUUUAGUUCAGAGUUUCCACUUCAAACCUCUUCACAACGCUGCUGAGAGCAACUUUGACUGAGGAACAGAAAGAAAUGUUAAGCUAAGAGAAAGGGCGGGGUUGACCUCGUUGCUAUGGAUGAUGUCAGCAAGCUCACUGACUAUGACCACAGUGAUUGGCUGAUAGAGGAUGGGUCUCUGUCAGUCAUUUAAUCACAGAAAUAUUAUAGAAUAAGGUCCCAUGCUGACAUGUUUAAAUUAAGAUCUUAAAAUAAAAAUGUUGUCAUAUUCAAAUAAAAUAUUUUAAUAUAUAAUUA